GUCGCGGGUGGAUAUUAUUAUUUUAUUUAUAAAAAUAUAUUUUACCAGUUUGAGGUGAUUUUAAUACGAUGAUGGACCGGGUUCAUCUGGAUGUUAUUAUUUAUUUAAAAAGAUAUUUCUGUUGGUCAAUGUGCUGAUAGAUUUUAACCUAAAAAGUGAAUUGUUUAUUUGUUUAUUUAUUUGAAUUUUAAUUUUAAUUUAAAUUUAAAUAAAAUAACAGUCAUAAUGGAGACAUUAUUGCCAGGUCACAACAACCAGUCGUACAGUCCCCAGUUGAAGACAGUGUUGAAGACAUAUCAGUUAUCUGCUGUUAAAAGUCUGCAGGGUCCUAGUUCAGCCCUGCUGGGGAUGGACUGCAAGGGUCUGCUACAAGAACAGUUUAAUUUUUCCUCCCUACGUACUAAUUGUAUUAUCGAUACUUGCAGUGAUCAUGAUAAAGACAAAGGCAAAGAGUUGCCGAUAAUACGGGAACCUAUUGAGCGGCUCCAGCACGACGACUCCGACGAGGAUCCCCAGAUAGACAGAGGCAAGAUAAUAAAUGACAAGCGAGAGCUCGAGUUCCAGAUACCGAUUCUCACAGCUCCUGACCAGAGCUGCUCUGAAAGAUGCGAAACUCUGCUGGAGAAUGAGAGAAUUUCGUGUUUUGUCGUUGGCGGGGAACGCAGGCUCUGUUUGCCCCAGAUACUGAACACGGUGCUGCAGGAUUUUUCCCUGCAGCAGAUAAACCAGGUAUGUGAUGAGUUGCAGAUUUACUGCUCGAGGUGCACCCACGAUCAGCUGGAGGAGCUGAAACUAUCGGGAAUUUUGCCCAGGAAUGCACCAUCCUGCGGACUUAUUACGCAGACAGAUGCUGAGCGGCUGGUGAGUGCGCUGCUGCUGCGCACUGAAACACGGGAACUGGGACUGAUUCAUCCGGAUGACAUCCAGCAUCUGAAGCACCAGCAUCGGGAUGACAAGGAUUUGCUGAAGAAGGAAGAACUGAUGCUGGAUGACUCGAUAGUUAGAUUUAAAGUUUACCACGAGUGCUUUGGUAAGUGCAAGGGAAUAUUUGACGCAGACUUAUUUGACUCUGAAGACUCGGCGUGUAUUGAGUGUCUUGAGUGUGGCUGUCAGUUUUCACCACAGAGAUUUGUUAGACAUGCACACCGGCCUUUGGAAAAUCGCACGUGUCACUGGGGAUUUGACUCAACUAACUGGCGUUCUUAUUUAUUGUUAUCACGUGAUCAGCCGCAUUACACUAAAGUUGUUAGUUUGUUUCGAAAUUUGAAGGAUAGAUAUCCGGUGCCAAAUUAUAACAAGAGAAAAGCACCUGAGAUAAGGCAUGAAAUCGAAAAAUUGCCUAAACGUAUGAAGAAAGAAUUGAAUCGUGAGGAUUGUACUGGAAUAUAUGCCAGCAAUAAUGCUCUGAUGUAUCCAGUAACAGCAGCUGGUGCUGAUGGUGAUCCCUAUUUAAUGCAGUGGGCUGUUUUUGAAUUAGCAGCACGUGGUGCAUCGGCAUUUAGACCUUGGAAUGCUGCUGCUGCUGCUUCAUGUAAACACAGAGAUAACUCACCGCUGGUGCCUGCGUAUUUAAGUCGCGGUCCUCCAGUUCUACAGCAUCCAGAGCGAGUGGUUCCAUUAUCCGAUUGCGAGCGAUUCGAGCCGCAUUAUCAGCCGAACGUUGCCUUGGCACCUGUACCAACCCCAUCAAUAACACCCGUGCCUCCGGGAUUAUCAUCAGCAGUGGGACCUCGUCGUUACCAUGAAAAGAGCAGACACCAACGAUCUCUUAGUCCGGAUGUUAAACUGGACACUGUGGUAAUUAAAUUAGAAAAACCCUCGUCGCCGUUACCUGACCAAGAUGUUGAUUAUCAGUCACGUUCGUCUACACCAGACCCACUUGAUACUGAUGACAAUGUCGUUGUCAAUGUCAGUGCUAACGCUAAUGAUAACGUUGCUGUUAAUAACGACGAUGACAAUCGUGAUGGUGAUGCUGAUGAUGAUGACAAAGCUGAAGAAUGCAAAAAAAUAGACGAAGAAGAAACUAGUGCCGUAACAUCAUCAACAGUAAACGUCGAUCCGCAAAAUGAAUCACCAGAUCCUGUGGAAUAUUCAUCAGCUUCGAGUUUGUCGCUGUCGCCAUCGGAUGAUUUCGAUCCAGCAAAUGCUCUCAUUGAUUUGGAAGAACGUUUGAUGAUUCUAAAAGUACCUCAAGAUGUUAUAGCAUUGACUAAAAAAUUAAAUGAUGAGUUUAAAAAAUUAUUAAUACAGCGACGUAAUGAUCUAAGAGAAAUAAAACGUUUGAAAGAUGAAUUAAAUAAUCAGAAUCACAGUAAUAAAUCAACGGUUGAUGAUUGUAAUGAUAUUAAUAAUAAAUUAGAUAAUAAUAAUGAGGGUAAUAAUGUUGUUGUCGACAGUACUGAUAAUAAUCCAGAUGCUAAUGAAUUAAUUGAUAAGGAGCCUGAAUCUGGUGUAAUUACGGAUAAUAAUUGUCCGUCAAAGGAUUAAUAAUAAUAAUAAUAAUAGUAGUGGUAAUAAAUAAUAAUAAAUUUGUAAAUAAUUAUGAUAAUUAACUCGAAUUAAAAAUGAACAACUGCUCAUUACAUUGUUACGCUUAUCAUUUGGCCAGAUAAGCUAGCACUGAUAAUAAAUAUAUUUUAAGUAAUAAUUAUUAUUAAUUAUAUUACUGUUUUAUUUAUUUAAAUAAUUGUAUUGGUUAAUGUGAUAAUUAAAAUAGUAAACGCCUUUGAAAAAAAAUUUUAAAGAAAAAUUAAUUAAUUAAUUAAUGCAGUUUGUGGUAAUUUUUUAUUUCGAGUUUAAAAAAAUUUUGUAGAUACUGUAUGAUAAUUAGAUUUUUAGAAAUAUUAUUAUUAUUAUUAUAAAUUAUUAAGAUUUAAUUAAUGACACUGAUGUGUCACUAGAGUAAUUGAUUAUUAAAUGCGUAAGUGUUUUAAAUUUUUAUUUGUAUAUUUUAAAUAUAUAUACAUAUAUAUAUGUAAUGGAGUUUAGUUGGUAGAGUAGUUUUAAUUGCUUUUGAUUUAUUAAUUAUUUUUUAUUUUGUAUAUAAAAAAAUUUUUUCUUGUCAAUUUUUAUUGUAAAUUAUCGUAAUUGGUAAUUAUCCGAGUAAUUUAUAGAUUUAAUUUAUGGUUUUUUUUAUUUUAUAAUGCAAAGUUAAUGCAAAAGUACAAAUACCCUAGGUGCUAUGUUGUUACACUAGGUCAUUUAUAUAUAUAUAUAUAUAUAUAUAUAUAUAUAUAUAUAUAUAAAUAUAUGAGUAACAAGUGUAGUAAUAAUUGGUUGAAAUUUUUUAAUUACAAAGACAAUGUUGGUAAUUUAAAUGCAUAAUAUUUUUUGUGAUAGUGGAUAACUACUUAAAGAUUAGGGUGGCCCAAAAAAACCGACUAUUUUUUUUUUUCGAGUCUCUAAUGAAAAUUUGAUGGUUUAAGAUGUUCCAAGACGCCUCUCCAAAAAUCAGCUCGAUAAAAAAUUUUCAAGAGGUCGCUCACGAAUUUUGAAAAUAUCAAAAAUCAUCGAAAUUAGGAUUUUUUUGUUCUAAAUCUCUUCUUUCUCGUGGCAGCUAUAGUUUAUAUUUAUGAAAUCAUGACUACGCUGAAAAUUUCAGCUCAAAAUUAAAAUAUUUAAACGUCGCUCAAGAAUUUUGAAUGUUUCCGAGUACUGUCUCUUGGACGUUUUCGAGCGACCCUUGAAUGUUAAUAAUAAACCUUCUCAAUUUUUUUACCAUCAAUUUGUAUCAUAAUGAAUAAAAAUACAACCCGAGAAAUAUAAAUAAUAAGUUAUUUACAUACUUUUUUAUUUUUUAAUUCAAUUUUUGGGUUUUUUUGCUGAUUCAAAACUUACCCAAUUUUAUUGUUUAAGACUGCCCUGUAUAUUUUCGGUUAUGCAAAAGUUAUAUUUAAGUGAAAUGACAGUAAUUGAGUUAUAAAAAAAUACAAAAACUAAUUCAAAGUAUUAGUUACACAUUAUCAGUUAAUAUUCAAAAUUUUUGAGCGCCGUUUAAAUAUUUAAAUAUUGGGCUGAAAUUUUCAGCAUAGUCAUAAUUUUACAGAUAUAAAAUAUUGCUGCCACGAGGAAGAAAAAAUUCAGAAACAAAAAAUCCUAAUUCCAAUCAUUUUUGAUAUUUUCAAAAUUUGUGAGCGACCUCUUGAAAAAUUUUUAUCGAGCUGAUUUUUGGAGAGGCUUCUUACAACAUCUUAAACCAAAAAAUUUUCGUUAGAGACUCGAAAAAAAAAAAUAGUCGGUUUUUUUGGGCCACCCUAUUAAAGAUACUGCCAAUUUUAUGUGAACAAAUUUUUAUUUUUUGGAAACUGUUUUUUUUUUAGGAAUUUUUAAAAUUUAUUUUAUUCUAUUGGGAAUUUUUAUUUUUGUUGCCAGUAAAAUAUGAAAUUAUUUUAAAAUUAAAUGGCAACAUCAGAAAAUAAAAUAAAAAUUGUAAAUAUUUUAUUUUUAAAAAUUGUAAUUUAAAAAAAAAAUUUUUAAACAUUACUCUCAUUUUAUUUUAAUAAUUUAAAUUAUUUUAGGCGCGAGUUUUUAAAAAUUAAUUUAAUAUUUAAAUUUAAAAAAUUAUCAAGUCUUGUCUUUGUAAUGAACGCAAUUGAUAUUGAGAGACGUCCACGGAAUAAAAAUAAUAAUAAUUAUCUCUCUAUCAAGUCAACAAUCCGUACUCUAGUAAAUCUAUAUAUUAUUGAAUAAGUAAAGUCUACAUAAAUAUAAAUAAUAAAUAUACACAACAAUAAUUAUUAGUCCAAAAUUUAUUAGAAUUUUUAAACUGAUCAGUGUUUUUUUUUUAACUGCCGGAGUCUACUAUUCAUUAGUUUGAGUCUGAAGCAGUUCUCGAUAUUAUUUUGAAACGUCAAAAUUUUCAAAUUUAUUUAUUUAAUUUUUUUUUACUGAGCAUAAAUAUGACAGUGGGUAAAACGGACCUCCAGUAGAAUUUUAAUAGAUAAUUAUUUUUUUUUUUU